UCGCUUAGUCGAGUUGACCUACCUGCUCGUUUCUAUAGCGAUGUCCCGGACAUUAUCAGCUGAUUAGCGAAUGCGACAUAUGGCCACGGUUGGUUUUAUUAGAUUAUCGGCCACUUAUUUUCAACCAUACAUCCUGGGGCAGUGUGGAACGACGAUCUGAGCUUGAAAAUUUCAACUUGAUCGCGGUGAAUCGCGUACGAUUUUCUACAUAGUAACUCAAAAAGCACUAGCUAUGUCCUCGGAGUACUCGUUCUGCAGCGAAGGAGGAUUCGACGAACUCUCAAGCUCUUCAGAUUCGGGCUUCGACGUCAGUUUCGAGUCGCCGAAACACGAGAUACAAGCGGACACUCUGUUUCCGCCGGCGAAGGAAGAGAAACGCAAGAAGACCAGGAACACGCGGUGCAAGAGCCCUACACAGGUGCUCAGGCUGAAAAGGAACCGUCGGAUAAAGGCGAACGAUCGCGAGAGGCACAGGAUGCACACCCUGAACGACGCCUUGGAGCGGCUCAGGAUGGCGUUGCCCACCUUUCCGGAAGACACCAAGCUGACGAAAAUCGAGACGCUUCGGUUCGCCCACAACUACAUCUGGGCGCUCUCCCAGACGCUGGGAAACGCCGAGGCUGGUGAAAUCACGGUAAACGUUGGGAACGUGACCGUCAGCAUCGGUGAAAACGGAAACAUGAUCACAUCUUCGACGGGAAGCUGCGCGGUGGCGGCUCAGAAACGAUUAGGACCGUCGCACGCCGGAUUCCCCUAUCCUCAGGAGAGAUUCGUCCCGGAGUGGCAGGAGUACGACUGCUACAGCGACCAGAGCGUCAGUCCACCGAUGCAGUAUCAGCCUUGUUUCGACCAGAGGAUGUACCAUCCGCAGCACCAGCUCCAGACGCCUCAUCACAUGGGGCACAACAGCAUGUACCAGUGUCUUUAGAAUUUUCGUGGCGACGUUGAACUCGUGGGACUUCGUGGACGGGUGGAGAUUGGGUACUGGGUGCAGGGGAUCGUCGAAGGUUGAAGAAGUUAGUCUAGACAGUUACAAAGAUGGGCGAAAUUUUAUUAGAUUUAUGGGCAAUGACAUCACCUGAACAAGGAUCACGAAUGAGUCCAGUUUUUUAUUCGUUAUUCGUGUUUCGCCCAUCUCUGGUUCGAAGUUCAUCUGCGAGGGAGAAUAAUGAUGGAUUCUUCCAAGUAGGAUCCUCUGCAGUUUGAAAGUAACGAAAGCAGGGGAGAAAGAUGGAAAUAUUCUAGAAACAUGUUUGGUAAUCGCGUGUUGCAUGAGUCAUCGUCACCAUUGUAACACUGUGUUGAGCAGCGUGGUCAUAAGACCUGCUCAAAUCCAUCAGCGACGUCAGUGCAAAGUAGUGAAUUAAACUCAAUCGGUUGAAAUUAUUUAAAUGAAGACUAGAAGAAUGUACUCCUCAAAUUUUCUGACUGCAAGUACCUUCAUAGCAAAUAGACUUCUCAUAAAUAUCUAUGCAUCUUCAUAUGUACAUCUGAAGAAACUAGUCCCCAGUAAUUUUUAGUUACUCACGCUAUAUCAAAUUUUCCGUGUCAUAUUUUUUACAGUAUUUAUCAAGGACUGAAGACCAAAGAAUUUAUCUAGAUUGUAGCAAACACAAUUCGAUUUCUCCAUUAGCUUCAAUUCUUAGUGUUCUGAUGAAUCUUUCGACUCAGCAUCCUUCACGAAUCUAAAACAACAAUGUAAUUUACAAGCAACAUGAUUCUCCUGCUGCAUGUAAAUUAUACUCCGAUCAACAAUAGCCUGCAUAUCCUAUUUAAAAAUUCGAAAAGUGCUAACGACCAAUUUUGUGUAAUCGUUGGUCGUUCGAGCUUAGUUCGCGUGAUUGUAAAAAGAGUAGGCCAGUGCGAGAAAGAUGAUCGUUAUUUACUUUCUAAGAGAGCAUUCUAUCUGCAACGAAUUUCUAGAAUUAAGGUUUUAGCCGUAGAUCGAUCGUAGCAUGAUUUUAGUUUCGGUUCUCUCGCGAUCGUUUGAGACGCGUCAUCAUUGCCAUGGAAUCGAUAUCACGAUUCACGAAUGUUUAAACACGUACUAAAAUCGCGUUCCUUUUCUUUUCUAGUCAUCGAUGUUCUUAGGUUGAUCUCGAACGUUUGAUCUCACCACCCUCGUUUCUAGAUUUAGGUUAAUUUAAGCGUGCAUCUCCGUCAGUGCUCUUAUCGGAUU